AUGGGAAUUACUUGUUCGAAUAAAUAGCGUGUGAUAAAGGAAAUAGAUAAGAUAGAUAGGUGUAUCAUGUUAUUUAAAUAUAAGCAAUAUUGAGCCACUAAAAUGCUAAAACAUCCAAUAAGAUACAAAUUAAGAAGAAUAUGAGUGUAAAUUUUGGAACAGGAAAAAAAAUUAAUGGCAACGAAAAAUUAUAUAAAUCGAAUUUACAAAAGUUGAUGAUGUUAUUGAAGUUAAGUAUCUUUUAGAUGGAUAAAUUAUAAGAAGGUAAAUAUUUUUCUACAAAAAAUACAUAGAGAAGAAUAAAAAGAUAUUAGUGUGAAGCCUCAAGUCUUAAUUAAUUUAGAACAAAUCUAUUAUCUUGAAUGGCUUGGAAAAUAUUAAGAGAAUUUUAAGAAGAUGGGAAAAUGGACAGCUAUUUGGAAGGGAGAAAAAAUUACAGAAGUGGGUGGGUAUUACUCUAAUGAGGGAAAAAAGAAUGGUAUUUGGAAUGACAUCAUAAAAAAUUAUGGAGAGUAAAAUAAUUUAUAUUUUGAAUUAAUAGACUGAGUCCUGUUUUUGAAAUCGGAGAAUACAAAGAUAAUUAAAAAAUAGGAUAAUGGAUAUAUGUUUUUGAGGGGAUGAAUAUGUAAAUUUUUCUUAAAUUUUACAGCGGUGGUGGAAAUUACAGCUAGUACAGUAAAAAGGAAGGAAAAUGGAUUGAUUUGAGUGAUUAUUUUUGCAAGUAUUUUUGGAUUAAUUAUUAGUUAGUGUAAGGUAACAUAUAAUGGAGAAUAUAAAAAUGGUAAAAAAGUUGGUAGAUGGGAUAUUUAUUACGACAACAACGAUGGUGAACUUUAUUAAUUGAUGUAUUAUUACAUUAAUAAAUAAAAAACAAUUCAAGUGGUGGAGGAUUUUAUGAAGAUUAAAUAGAAGGAGAUUCAAUUAAAGUUGGGAAAUGGAUUGACAUUAGUGAUGAGUUUUAGGAUAAUUAGUAAAUUACUUUGAGUGGUGAAUACAAAGAAGGUAAAAAAUUUGGCAAAUGGGAAAUUUGGUGGAGAAGUAGAAAUUUAAACGAGAAAUAUUAACUUGAUGAUGACUGUUAGUAAUCUAAAUUAUAGUAAUUUUUUUAGAUUUUAAAGAAAUUCCAAUAAAGAAUGGGAAGACUAAUAAAUGUAAAUAUAACUCAAAAUUCUUAGCGGUGGAGGAUCAUAUGAUUCAGAAGGGUAUGGGAUUAAGAUUGGCAGAUGGACUUAAUUGAGUGAUGGAUUUUCUUAAGAAUAUUAAGUAAUAUAUAGUGGUGAAUAUCACAACGGCAAAAAGGUUGGGAGAUGGGAUAUUUUGGCUAAAAAAUUUGACACAAUUUAGACCAAGCCAUUUAAAUAAAUGUAAAUUAUCCUAUUAAAUUUAAAAAAAUCAUUUUUAGUGGCGGUGGAUCAUAUGUUGAAGGAGACGAAGAGUUUAAAAUUGGGGAAUGGAUUGAACUUGAUGAUGAUACUGAUAAACACCUGGAUUUAUUUUGGAAAGGUGAAUAUAAGAAUGAUAAAAAAGUUGGUCGAUGGGCUUUUGGAUGGACUUAUAAUGAUGAAUUUAUUGAGCUGUAAAUUAUUUAAUAUAUAACAAACUUAGUGAGGGUGGAUCAUAUCAUGAAGGAGGUGAAGGCAUUAAGGUUGGGCGAUGGAAGGAGAGAUAUAGAUGGCCUGAAAUACUGAGUUCUUAAAGUUAGGAUGGUGAAUAUAAAAAUGGCAAAAAGGUUGGUAGAUGGAAUAUUGUGUAUCCCUCAAAAUAAAAGAGUGUAUCUUCUCAGAUGUAAAUUAUUUUAUUAAACAUAAUAAAUAACAUUCAUAGUGGGGGCGGAUUGUAUCAUGAAGAUGGUAAUGGAAUUAAGAUUGGGAAGUGGAUUGACUAAACUGAAGAUAUUUUUUUGUAAUCGCCAUCAAUCCUUUAUGAAGGUGAAUAUUCAAAUGGCAGAAAAAUUGGGGAAUGGGGCAUUUUCUAUUUGGAUGAUGCUAACAAAAUGCAAAGGAUGUAUAAUUAAAAAUAAGAAUUUUAGUGGUGGUGGAUCAUAUGAUUAACAAGGUAAGGGUUUAAAGAUUGGAAGUUGGAUAGAGAUUAAUGAUGAAUGGAAUUAAAGGAAGUAAAUCACUCAGAUAGGUGAAUAUCAAAACGGGAGAAAAGUUGGUCAAUGGAUAGAGAUGAAUUUAAAGAAGAAUUAAAGCCAUAAUAUAGCAAAUUAUGAUAAUUGAAAAAUAUUUACAA